AUGGAUUGGAAAACGCUGCAGGCGCUGCUCAGCGGGGUCAACAAGUACUCCACAGCCUUCGGCCGCAUCUGGCUCUCCGUGGUCUUCGUCUUCCGCGUGCUGGUCUACGUGGUGGCGGCCGAGCGCGUGUGGGGCGACGAGCAGAAGGACUUCGACUGCAACACGCGGCAGCCGGGCUGCACCAACGUCUGCUACGACCACUACUUCCCCAUCUCCCACAUCCGCCUCUGGGCCCUGCAGCUCAUCUUCGUCACCUGCCCUUCCCUCCUGGUCAUCAUGCACGUGGCUUACCGGGAGGACCGCGAGAAGAAGAACCGGGAGAAGAACGGGGAGAAUUGCCCCAAGCUCUACAGCAACACGGGCAAGAAGCACGGCGGGCUGUGGUGGACGUACCUGUUCAGCCUCUUCUUCAAGCUUAUCAUAGAGAUCCUCUUCCUCUACCUCCUCCACAAGAUGUGGGACAGCUUUGACUUGCCACGGCUAGUCAAGUGCUCCGACGUGCCCUGCCCCAACACUGUGGACUGCUACAUAGCUCGGCCAACCGAGAAAAGAGUCUUCACCUAUUUCAUGGUCGGAGCCUCCUCCCUCUGCAUCGUCCUCACCAUCUGCGAGAUCUUUUACCUCAUCUUCAAGCGGGUUGUGCGGAGUGCACAGAGGUGGAGGAAGUCCACCAAGCGCUCUGCCAGCUACAGCAAGGCCUCCACCUGCCAAUGCCACCUCAAGGCAGAGGAGAAGGACAACAAAUCCCAGAUUAGGUGUGUGGCAGCCCUGCGGGCCUCAGCUCCCAAGCUGGCUGCCAUCUGA